UCCCAGGAGCAAUCCCGAAGCUCAGGGACGUGAGCGAGUGGCGAGGACGGGCUGGGGCUUGUCUCGCUGACGACGCUGCCAGACCUGCUGAGCUUUUCCUGCAAUUUCUAUUUUUGUUUCUGGUUUACGGCAUCCACAGUUCUUUCAGUUUUUACUUGUCAAGGUGCCUUUGGACAACCGGAGGAGAUGGAGAUCGAGAUGGACAGCCAUGGCGGUGACUGAGUUACCCUGAGGAUCUGAAAACAGUCCACGCCACCUCCAUUUGGAUUGGGGAAGGGGGCGGGUUAGUGGCGAACCUCUUCAGGAAGAACAGGUCGUAGCUGAGACGCCAGGCAAUGUGAGCAAAAGGUCCAAGCUCCCCCUCACCUUGAGCUGAUUGGAAGACGAGCCAUGGGCUCUGUGAUUAGGAAAUGCUGCACCUAUCGUACCCUGAAGAAGAGGCUCCCCAUCCUGGUUUGGCUGCCCCACUACAGCGCUCAGUGGCUGCGGAUGGAUUUACUGGCAGGGAUGACCGUAGGGCUGACCGUGGUGCCCCAGGGCCUAGCCUAUGCUGAGAUUGCUGGCCUCCCUGUUCAGUAUGGGCUGUACUCAUCGUUUAUGGGCUGCUUCGCCUACUGCCUCCUGGGUACCUCGAAAGAUAUCACGUUGGGACCGACAGCGAUCAUGUCCCUCCUGGUUGCUUCCUACGCCAAUCACGACCCAGUUUAUGCCGUGCUGCUGGCUUUCCUCUGUGGCUGCUUUCAACUGGCAAUGGGAAUCCUGCAACUUGGCUUCCUGGUUGAUUUUAUUUCCUAUCCAGUUAUAAAGGGAUUCACCUCCUCUGCUGCUGUGACCAUUGGCUUUGGACAAGUGAAGAAUAUUCUUGGUCUCCGUGACAUUCCCCGUCAAUUCUUCCGGGAAGUCUACUUCACGUUCUACAACAUUGCAGAGACCAGGCUCGGAGAUCUCGUUCUCGGCCUGAGCUGUCUCGUGCUGCUCGUGCUGUUGAAGAUGAUGAAGAACCACCUUCCGAAACGAUCGGAUCAUCUGCCGCUGCUGGACAGGGUGUGCCAUGCCAUCGUCCGCUUCACUGGAACAGCCCGCAACGCUGUGGUGGUGGUAGCAGCCAGUCUGGUUGCUUUCUGCUUCGAAAGUCAAAAUCAACAUGUGUUUACUCUAACGGGGAAAACUAGCAAGGGCCUCCCACCUUUCCGGCUCCCGGACUUCUUCGACACAGCUUCCAACAAGACUGUCUGCUUUUCUGAGAUGCUUCAGAAUUUUGGAGUAGGAUUAGCCGUGGUACCACUGGUUGGGUUUCUGGAAAGCAUUGCGAUCGCCAAAGCUUUCGCCAGUCAGAACAAUUACAGAAUUGACCCGAAUCAGGAGCUCCUCGCGAUCGGUAGCACAAACAUUCUGGGCUCUCUGGUUUCAUCUUAUCCUGUAACUGGGAGUUUCGGGAGGACUGCAGUAAAUUCCCAGACAGGCGUGUGCAGCCCUGCUGGUGGAAUAGUCACUGGAGUCAUCGUGCUGCUCUCUCUCGCCUUCCUCACCCCUCUGUUCUACUACAUCCCGAAAGGAGCACUGGCGGCUGUUGUAAUCUGUGCCGUGUCUGGGGUGUUUGAUUUGAAGAUUGCUGUCGUACUGUGGAGGGUAAAAAAGCUGGACCUGCUCCCUUUCCUAGCAUCGUUCCUGGGUUGUUUUUGGGAAAUCCAGUAUGGAAUUCUGGCUGGAAUUGCUUUGUCUGGGAUAACUCUGCUUUAUAAUGUCGCCAGACCAGAGGUGAAGAUUUCUGAUUACAGUACAGUUGUGGUGCAGUUACAGAGUGGUCUGAAUUUCCCUGCUGUCGAAUAUGUCUGUGACCUGCUGUACAGACGGGUGUUAGAGGCAUCCCCUCCACGGUCUGUGAUCCUUCACUGUCUUCAUGUCAGCAGCAUUGAUUACACGACAGUGAAUGGCCUGCAGGAACUGAUCCGGACAUUCCAGCAGCACAACGUAUCUCUGCUCUUUUCGAAUCUCCAGCCUACGAUUCUGUCGAUACUGAUUUCAGCAGAGAUUGAAGGAUUGAGACAUUUCGAUAGCACUGAGACAGCGCUUCGUUACUUACAUGGAGAUGACCACACCUGUGAGCUGCAUGAGAGUGAAAAACCGCUACUCAAACAGACUGAGAGACUGUACACCUAGCCUGAAAGCACUACCUCUCUGCCAAGAACUGGCAACUCCCCAAACCAAUCAGUCUGUUUACCAGUAAAUGUAAUACCAUCAGGUGAGAAACCCCUUGAAUCAAACAAGGAGAGCUGGUCCUCGCUGACACAAUUGACGCUGAAAGGUUUGGAUCUCUCCAUUAAUGGCAACUGGAUAUUCUGAACAUGUUCCGAAACACACUCUUGCUCAGUCUCUUCAAUCUAGUGAUUUUAUAAUUUCCUAUUUGAAAUGUUAACCAAAUGAUUUGUCUGAACUCGUUUAUUUUUGUAAUUAUCAUGGUAUUUAGCUUUUUGUUUUGUGCUUUAGUGCUGUUUGACAUUGGGAGCUUUAUGUUGCCAGCUCUGCAUCCAGACUCCAGAAAUUGGAUUUUGAAGGUUUACAUUUGGCGGGGGUGGGGUUGGCUAACUAGCUGAAGGGAAACAUUGCAGCAAGCAACCUCAAUUUGUUCAGAACAGGAAGCUGUGUGUCUGAGAUUCCACUCUCAGUCACAGAGCGUAGUGUGUGGUCUUCGACCUGCUGCAAGCCUGGCCUCCUCCCUGUGCUGGGUCAGAAUGUAAAUUUCCUGGAUACAGCAAGAGUGCACACUGCCCGAUCUUAUUGCUGUUUGACUGAUACGGCCCAUUUUGAUUGUUAACGACAUUGGUUUGAGAAGCAGUGUGCAUUUGCUGUUUUGUUGAUUGUCAUAUACUGGUUAUGAGCUCCACCAAGCCCCUGCUGCUUCCGCCCCCCCCCCCCCCCCCCCCCCGCCGCCCAAACCACAAAAACACCAACUUUUCUGGUUUCUGGGGAAGCUGUAUCCCACAGCAGCUGAGGCAUGAUUUAUUUGCUGGACACACCAGUGAGUAAUUGAGGAUGCAAUGAAGUUACUUCAGCCAUUGUGACGCGAGAAAGGGUCCCUGGCCAGACUCCAAGAGUUUGCUCCAAAAGCACUGCCUGCUUUUCAGACUCUCACACCAGCUUGAGACUUCUGUAGUCUCCUAAAGAUUUCUGUUCAUCCUGAGGAGAAAUGCUGCGUGUAUUAUAAAUUGAGAAGCCUCACCAGUUUUCAUUUUCAAAAAAAAAGACCUUCCUAGUUUUUAAAUUGUUCAACAGUCAAAUUAUAAGCUGUAGUGUAGCCCCUUUACCCAAUCUCUUUCUUAAAAGUUACAUAGUCAAAGUAAAAAGUUCAUUGCAGUACAAUGGUUAUUUGCACAGAGGCAAAUUGAGCACCAUGUGGACACUUCUGAUCAUUAAAUGUUGCCCCCUCCUCAGUAAAUAAUCUUCAGUUAAAGUGCGAAGCAGGUUCUCUGGUUCCAGUAACAACAGAUGAUUUUAUCAUCACAGUUGACCAAGCAACUUCUGAGAUAGUAGGAACUGCAGAUGCUGGAGAACAAAGCCAGCCAAGCAGCAUCAGAGGAGCAAGAAAACUGACGUUUCGGGUCGAGACCAAAACGUCAACAUCUGAGAGUACACUUUUUUUUCUUGAUUAUAGAGGAUUGUAUGACUAGAGAGAAUAUAUUACCCAAGUGGGUUGUAGAUGGAUAGUAUGGUUUGGAUGGAGUCUAGUUACAGGGAUAAAUAUCUGCCUCUAAUGUUUAAAUUUUGUUGAGGGUAAUUAAGGAAAUGCUUAUAUACAGAGUUGUGAACGCAGCUUGGUCCAUCAGGCAAACUAGCCUCCCAUCCAUUGACUACAUCUACAUUUCCCACUGUCUCAGGAAAGCAACCAGCAAAUGCCCUUCCCAACCCAGUUAUACUCACUUCCACCAACUUCUAUCAGUCAGAAGACACAAAAGUUGUAUAUGUGUAUGAACAGAUUCAAGAACAGCUUCUUCCCUGCUGUUACUAGAUUCUUGAAUGGACCCAUUUAAUGUUAUUGAUUUUUCUGUCUCUUCACCUCCUACAGCUGUAACGCUGUAUCUUGCACUUUUUUCUGUUGUCCUGAUGCACUUGUAAUCUGCCUGUAAAGCACAUAAGACAGCACCUAUUCACUGUACCUCCACACAUGUGAUAAUAACAAAUCAAAUCAGAGACUGGAGGAGGUUUCGAAGUCGCUUCUGAAUGGCUGUUGAUAUCCGGUAAAUUCAUCCUAAACCUGAGAUUGACUGGUGAGCAGAAAGCUAAGGUACUUGGCGGUGGAGGGGCAAGAGAGAGAGUUAGGUCACAGAUCAACCACAAUCUCACUGAAUGGAAGAAUGGGCACAGGGCUGAAUAGGUUCUUGUUCCUGUAUUGUGAUCAGGAUAGGGGACAACUGACGAGUCCUUUCUUCUUUUUUCUCUGAGAGUUCCCCCGCACUGGACGGCAGCAAUCGAUGGUUUUUAGGCACCAAAAAAAUACACCCUUUUGUUCUAUUUUUAAAGAGCUUUUUCUGUUUGCUCAAGGAUGUGGGCACUGCUGGCUGGAUCAACAAGUGUUUCACUUUCCCUAAUUGCCCCAAAGGUGUCAGUGAGCUGCCAUUCUGAAUCCUGCAGUCUGGGUGGUGUAGGUAUAUCCAGUGAUUUAAAUCAAAAGGUACAGGAAUCUGCCUGGAAUUUCUUUCUCCAAAGUUAAAGGUACAACCCAUCUGUGAAAAUGCACUUUUCAGUUUACAAGUCCUCCUGCUGUCUGUUAAAUGUUCCUCAUCCUCCAUGUUAUAUCUACCAAUUGUCUUCAUUUUUUUUUUAAAACCUUCUUUAAUAAAUGACUGAUACUGAUACCAUUAACAAAGA